GUACACACACACACACACACACACACACACACACACACACACACACACACACACACACACACACACACACACACACACACACACACACACACACACACACACACACACACACACACACACCGCAGUUAAUCCACUCAGGCGAUGAGUAACUUUGUUUUGCGUGAACGGAGUUAGCUAGCGCCCUAAGCUAACCAGUUCCCCAGCUCCCCGUGCUGAUGCUGCUGCUGGUCUACAUGAUGUAGGGUUGCUAUGAAGCGGCAGGAAUCUGACCCAGUGCCCGUGAAAGAGACCUGGUCGACGUCAUUGGGCUUCUUAACCACCGGCCUUCCUAUUUCUGGCGGAAACAGUCGCUAGACUUCCUUAUUUGAGAAGAGAGACGAGCUGUCACUGCAGCGAGACACAGCGAGGGAUCUACGCGCCGCGACCCUGGGGGCGUUUUGGCUUGAUUUAUGUAGUUUGAGUUGUUUUGUAGUGGUGUUAAAUCAGCGUUUUGUUUCAACAUGUUUCGGUUCUGGAAGCGCGCAAAUUGGAAAUACACCAUAUUAGGAGGAGGCAAAAGGAUGGACAACGCCGGGUACAACACGGGCAGCUUCGACGGUCUCCAUCAGGUCAGCGACGACGAUGAUGAUGAUGAUGACGAGAUGGUGGACAUAGCUGGAGCUACGCUGGACUUCUCCAACACAGACGAUGAUCCUCCUCUGAACUCAGGGGGCUAUGAGGAGCACAGUCCGGGCAGGGGGAUGAACGGGGUGGGGGGCCCCACUGCCAUGAUGGACCCUCUGGAGGACCCCGUCCCCGGGGUGGGCACCUACGAGGACUUCAACACCAUCGACUGGGUCCGGGAAAAGAGCAAGGACCGGGACCGCCACAGAGAGAUCACCAGUAAGAGUAAGGAGUCGAUGGAAGCCCUGCUCCACAGGAUCAGCGAUGCCUUCUCGGGGUGGCUGCUGAUGCUGCUGGUGGGACUCAUGUCAGGCGCCCUGGCAGGAGGGAUCGACAUCUCGGCCCACUGGCUGACGGACAUGAAGGAGGGCGUGUGCCUGAACGGCUUCUGGUUCAACCACGAGCACUGCUGCUGGACCUCCAACGAGACCACCUUCCAGGAGCGCGACAAGUGCCCCCACUGGAAGAGCUGGGCGGAGCUCAUCGUGGGGACCGGUGAGGGAGGCUUUGCCUACGUGGUGAACUACAUGAUGUUCAUGUUCUGGGCGUUGCUCUUCUCCUUCCUGGCCGUCACCCUGGUCAAGUCCUUCGCCCCCUACGCCUGUGGCUCUGGAAUACCAGAGAUCAAGACCAUCCUGAGCGGCUUCAUCAUCCGCGGCUACCUGGGCAAGUGGACCCUGAUCGUGAAGACCAUCACCCUGGUGCUGGCCGUCUCCUCGGGCCUCAGCCUGGGCAAGGAGGGCCCGCUGGUGCACGUGGCCUGCUGCUGCGCCAACAUCCUCUGCCACCUGUUCACCAAGUACCGCAAGAACGAGGCCAAGAGGAGAGAGGUGCUGUCGGCGGCGGCGGCGGUGGGCGUGUCCGUGGCCUUCGGCGCGCCAAUAGGUGGAGUCCUCUUCAGCCUGGAGGAGGUGAGCUACUACUUCCCGCUGAAGACGCUGUGGCGCUCAUUCUUCGCGGCGCUGGUGGCGGCCUUCACGCUGCGCUCCAUCAACCCCUUCGGGAACAGCCGCCUGGUGCUGUUCUACGUGGAGUUCCACGCGCCCUGGCACCUGCUGGAGCUGGGGCCCUUCAUCCUGCUGGGCAUCUUCGGCGGCCUCUGGGGGGCGCUGUUCAUCAGGGCCAACAUCGCCUGGUGCCGGAGACGUAAGACCACCCUCCUGGGCCACUACCCCAUCGUGGAGGUGCUGGUGGUGGCCGGGGUGACGGCGCUGGUCUCCUUCCCCAACAGCUACACCCGCAUGAGUGGAGCGGAGCUCAUCAAGGAGCUCUUCAACGACUGCUCCCUGCUGGACUCCUCCCAGCUCUGUAGAUACAAGCAGGACACCAACACCACCGCGGGGACCAGUGUGGGCAACGGUCUGGCAGACCGCCCGGCGGACUCGGGUCUCUACACCGCCCUCUGGCAGCUCUCCCUCGCCCUGCUCUUCAAGAUGGGCAUCACCGUGGUCACCUUCGGCAUGAAGGUGCCCUCAGGUCUGUUCAUCCCCAGCAUGGCGGUGGGAGCCAUCGCCGGGCGGCUGCUGGGCGUGGGCAUGGAGCAGCUGGCCUACUACAACCACGACUGGGACAUCUUCCGGGGCUGGUGCACGCCCGGCGCCGACUGCAUCACGCCGGGCCUCUACGCCAUGGUGGGCGCCGCUGCCUGCCUCGGCGGUGUGACCCGUAUGACGGUGUCCCUGGUGGUCAUCAUGUUCGAGCUGACCGGGGGUCUUGAGUACAUCGUCCCCCUCAUGGCCGCCACCAUGACCAGCAAGUGGGUGGCGGACGCCUUUGGGCGCGAGGGCAUCUACGAGGCCCACAUCCGGCUCAACGGCUACCCCUUCCUGGAGCCCAAGGAGGAGUUUGAGCACAAGAGCCUGGCGGUGGACGUGAUGCGGCCCCGGAGGGCGGACCCCGCCCUGGCCGUGCUCACCCAGGAGGGCAUGACCGUGGAGGAGGCCGAGGCUCUGGUAGCCAGCACCCGCUACAGUGGGUUUCCCGUGGUGGUCUCCCAGGAGUCCCAGCAGCUGGUGGGCUUCGUCCUGCGCAGAGACCUCCUCAUCUCCAUCGACAACGCCCGUCAGCGGCAGGAGGGCGUGGUCUCCUCCUCCCAGGUGCUCUUCACAGAGCACCUCCCGGCGCAGGCGGCGGAGGCCCCGCCCCCGGUGCGUCUGCGCUCCCUCCUGGACCUGAGCCCCUUCACCGUGGCCGACCACACGCCCAUGGACAUCACCGUGGACAUCUUCCGCAAGCUGGGCCUCAGGCAGUGUCUGGUCACGCACAACGGGAGGUUGCUGGGCAUCAUCACUAAGAAAGACAUUCUGAAGCACAUGGCCCAGAUGGCCAACAGAGACCCCGACUCCAUCCUCUUCAACUGAUCUGCGCCUCCUGUUCCUCCUCCAUCAGCUCCUCAUCCUCCUCGUCCUCAAGGGUCUGAGCUGGGUGGUCUUUCUAAGGAGCCGGUUUCUAAGCGGACUCAAAGCAACAAAGAUAUGGACUUUCCACUUUGAAUUUUUUGACAAAUUGAUAAAAUGGACGCAGUCUUUAUCGCUUUUUUUGUGCUAGACGGGAAACUCCCCGAGCUAACCAGGAAGCUGUUUCUCAUUAGUGUGUGUGUGUGUGUGUGUGUGUGUGUGUGUGUGUGUGUGUGUGUGUGUGUGGGGACAGCAUGUGGUGUGCUGGUAAUCAUCUGGUCUCCACGACGACGUCAUGUUUGUUUCAUCUGCCGACCAGUGGGACACGAAGACUGUUUGGAUUACUUUCAGUGGUGAAAGAACGUUUGUCUCUAUAUAUAUAUGUGUUUGUCUCUUUU